AUGUCGAACCUUAGUCAGCUAAUAAACCACGACGAUGACUACAGCUACAACUACACAGGCAAGACGACGGUGAAGGUGAAGCCGGAGGCAGAGCUGGAGGGCGAGCCCCAGCCCUCGUCCGAGCCUAUUGAUGGCGCGAGUGAGGAUUCCGGAGUCCCCCAGCACACUAUUCUCCUGAGCUUCGAAAGAAUAAAGACCCAUUUUCCGGCAGCUAGAAUCAAGAAGAUCAUGCAGAGCGACGACGAAAUAGGAAAGGUGGCUCAGGCAACGCCCAUCAUUGUGGGGCGGGCGUUGGAGAUCUUCAUGGCCAACCUCGUGGAGGCCUCCAUCAUCGAGGCCAAGAAGCAGGGCGUCAAGCGCAUAGGCGCAUCCCACAUACGGGCAGCGGUGGAGAACACCGAGCAGUUUGAUUUUUUGGUGGAAGCGGUGGAAAAGUAUCCCCCCGUGAAAAACUAA